AUGCGCGAAGAGCUUCCGGAGGGAGGAGAGAAAUAUGAAUGCGACGAAUGUGGAAAAUCUUUCAAAACAAAUACAGUUCUUGUGAACCAUCUAAGAAUCCACACAGGAGAGAAACCAUUUAAAUGCCUGGAGUGUGGAAAGAGCUUCAGUCUGAGGGGAAACCUUUAUAGACAUCAAAAGAUUCACACAGGAGAAAAACCACAUAAAUGCCUGGAGUGUGGAAAGAGAUUCAGUCUGAGUGAAAACCUUUAUAGACAUCAAAAGAUUCACACAGGAGAAAAACCACAUAAAUGCCUGGAGUGUGGAAAGAGAUUCACUCGGAGGGGAAACCUUUAUAAACAUCAAAGGAUUCACACAGGAGAGAAACCACAUAAAUGUCUGGAGUGUGGAAAGAGCUUCAAUGAGAGGGGAAACCUUUACAUACAUCAAAGAAUCCAUUCAGGAGAGAAACCGUAUGAAUGCCUGGAGUGUGGAAAGAGCUUCAGUCAGAGCAGCAACCUUGAUCAACAUAAAAGAAUCCACUCAACAGAGAAACAGUAUAAAUGCCUAGAGUGUGGAAAGAGUUUCAGUCAGAGGGGAAACCUUUACAUACAUCAAAGAAUCCAUUCAGGAGAGAAACCGUAUGAAUGCCUAGAGUGUGGAAAGAGUUUCAGUCAGAGGGAAGACCUUUAUAUACAUGAAAGAAUUCACCCUGGAAAAAAACCAUAUAAAUGCCUGGAGUGUGGAAAGAACUUCAGUCAGAGGGCACACCUUUAUACACAUGAAAGGAUCCACUCAGGAGAGAAACCACAUAAAUGUCUGGAGUGUGGAAAGAGCUUCAGUCAGAGGGGAAGCCUUUAUACCCAUCAAAGGAUCCACUCAGGAGAAAAACCACAUAAAUGCGUAGAGUGUGGAAAGAGCUUCAGUCAGAGGAGCAGCCUUUACACCCAUCAAAAGAGCCACUCAGGAGAAAAACCACAUAAAUGCCUGGAGUGUGGAAAGAGCUUCAGUCUGAGGGGACACCUUCAUAGACAUCAAAGAAUCCACACAAGAGAGAAACCGCAUAAAUGUCUGGAGUGUGGAAAGAGCUUCAGUCAGAGGGGAAACCUUUAUACACAUCAAAGGAUCCACUCAGGAGAAAAACCACAUAAAUGCCUGGAGUGUGGAAAGAGCUUCAGUGAGAGGGGAAACCUUUAUACACAUCAAAGGAUCCACUCAGGAGAGAAACCGCAUAAAUGCCUGGAGUGUGGAAAGAGCUUCAGUGAGAGGGGAAACCUUUAUACACAUCAAAGGAUCCACUCAGGAGAGAAACCGCAUAAAUGCCUGGAGUGUGGAAACAGCUUCAGUACGAGAGGAAGCCUUUAUAGACAUCAAAGGAUCCACUCUGGAGAGAAACAG